GUCUGACCAACAACAAAUCACCACUCUUCUCCAUACAUAUGGCUCUGUACUAUCCUCCCGCUCCAUCUCAGAUCUUCUCGAUAUAUACACUGAGGACGGUGUUCUCAUGGCGCCUGGCUAUCAACCAGCGGUCGGCAAAGAAGCACUCGAAACAUCCUACGAACGCAUCUUCUCAACCAUCAAACUUGACAUCGACUUCUCCAUCGACGAAAUCGUUGUAAUGGAUCGUGAGUGGGCGUUUGCGAGAACUACUGCAGCAGGGACGAAAUAUUGGCUCAAGAAGGAUACACAGGAAGGUCAUCACAACCAGGAGAUUUUUGUCUGUCAGAAAGUGGAGGGUGCAUGGAAGAUUGCGAGAUAUUGUUUUUCGAGUAUGAAGCCGUCGUAGUUGAUCAUGAUCUUCAAUAAAUAACUGCUUCCGAUGAGCUGAGCCUUCCUGGCC